AUGUUUCGUACAUUAAUAUCUAAACGUUUAUUCACUACUUCUCCAAUGGUCUCAUCUCAAGUUAAAAGCAAGGUUGAACAAUUGAUCAAAACCAAACCAAUUUUCAUUGCCUCCAAGUCUUACUGUCCAUAUUGUAAGGCAACCAAGAAUACCAUUGAAGGUAUCACCAAAGAUGCUUACAUUAUUGAAUUAGAUGAAAUGGACGAUGGUGCUGAAAUCCAAGAAGCUUUAUUAGAACUUACUGGUCAAAGAACCGUUCCAAAUGUUUUCAUUGGUGGUCAACACAUUGGUGGUAACUCAGACGUCCAAGCAUUGAAAUCUGCUGACAAAUUGGACGACAAAAUCAAAGCUGCUUUAUAG